CCGUUUUAUUCGUUGACGCAUUGCGAGCAUUGUUACCCGGAACAAGAAGCAGGAGCCUCUUCGUCUUCGUCGUUGUCUUUGGAGCCGCAAACGCAAACGCGAUCGCAAUCGCAAACGAAAGGAGGACCAGGACAGAUCGCAACUACCAGUAGUAGUAGUGCUAGUCGGUCGAGUUCAAUUCCGAACCACCACCAACAUCAACAUCAGCAUCAUCUCAACACCCAUCUUCAUCUCCACCACCUCCAGCAACCAUCGCACGUACAACCACACCUUCAUUCUCACUCUCAUUCGCAUUCGCACAACAUGUCCACUUCAACCUCCACCUCAACCUCGACGCCCACCCCGAACCCCCCGGCUACUUCUUCCACCCCGACUGCAGCAGCGACUACAGCACCGGCACUGGCAGCGAAGAAACCCCCCACUAAAACACCCGGCCAAGGGAUCCUAGUCCCCGCUUCUAAAGUGCAUACGUCCGUCAAGACGGAGUUGUUGAACACGUUGUCCCAACCUGAAUUUACCGAGCUCAGCGAGGGACAAAGAGAGGCAGGAAGGGGAAGGAUACCGAAGUUGGUAGGGAUCUUGGCUACCGACAAGGAGGAUGCUGCGAGUUAUGCCGAGUUCACCCGCAAGUCCUGCACCUCGCUAGGGAUCCAGUACGAACUCCGACUCGUCGGCGCGGCCAGGAAAGAUCAGGGGGACCAGCCUGGAGUCGAGAUCGGUGUCGAGGAGGCCAUCUUGGAGGCUAAUGAGGAGGAUGGGGUGGAUGGGAUCAUGGUCUAUUACCCGAUCCAUGGAGGGUCGAGGGAUCAGUAUUUGCAGCAAUGCGUCUCGCCGUUGAAGGACGUCGAGGGGUUGCACCAUCAGUUUUUGUUCAACCUAUACCACAACAUCCGCCACAUCUCCCCGUCGACGCUCCGACCGAUCCCGGCUUCGCACCUGCCUACCUCGACCGUCAACACGAACGCCACGGAGGACCCGGCUCCUCCGGGUACGGUCAAGUCGAUCUUGCCCUGCACCCCGUUGGCCAUCGUCAAGGUGCUCGAGUUCGUCGGCGUCUACAACAAGCUGCUCGAAUGGGGCGACAGGGCGAGGGGCAAGGUCAUCACCGUCAUCAACCGGAGCGAGGUCGUAGGGAGGCCUCUGGCGGCGUUGUUGGCCAACGACGGGGCUAGGGUGUUGAGCGUCGACAUUGAUUCCAUCGUCGAGUUUUCGAAACGACCCUCGACCUCGGAAUCUCAUACUUCGCGGUACAAUCCUCACCACAUCAUGACCCCCCUGCCGGCCGAUUACACGUUGCAGGACGCCCUCCGCGUGAGCGACGUCGUCAUCUCGGCCGUCCCGCACAAGGAUUACAAGGUCAAGACCGAGUGGCUCAAGGACGGUUGUAUCUGCGUCAACGUGGCUGGGGACAAGAACUUUGAGGCCGACGUCAGGGACAAGGCCUCCAUCUACGUACCCUCGGUAGGGCAGAUGACGAUCGCCAUGUUGCAGCGAAACUUGCUGCGUCUGCGCAAGUAUAGGAACUUGAUGCAGGCACAGGAAGAGUCGCCUUUCUGAGCCUGGCCCGCGC